AGAGCCUUCCAUCACAAACAAGUUUUGGUGCCAUAUUAUUCGCAUAAAAUAAUGGUGCGUAUACUAGCGUUGGUACUUACCGUUUUUCUGCAGGGAAUCACCGCACUGCAGAAAGAGUUUACGAUUAUCAUCACACCGGGCGGCCGGGAUUGCUUCUACGAAAACGCACAAGCCGGCCAAACGGUGGAUCUCGAGUACCAGGUAAUCGACGGCUCGCACGGAGAUUUGGACAUAAGCUUCGAGCUGGCGGAUUCGUCCGGACGGCUCAUCUUUGCAGAUUACAAAAAAUCCGACAACAUCCACCGGUACAAACUGCCCCACGAUACGGAGCUCACGAUGUGCUUCAGUAACGAAUUCAGCCGGGUCAACAGCAAGACGGUGUUCUUCGAGUUGAUCAUCGAGGGCGAGGACGAAGACGGAGGUUGGAGCAACUUUGACAUCUUGGAGGGCCUUAGCCCGGAGGAGUUUUACGACAUGAAGGUCCAGGACGCACAGGAUAUUAUCAAGCGCGUGAGGAACAAUCUGACCAAAGCUCGGCAGUUACAAGAUGUCCUUCGGUCGCACGAAGCACGUGACCGUAACGUGGCCGAAGAGAACUACUUCAAGGUGAACGCCUGGUCGUUUUUCCAAAUCAUCACCAUGAUGUGCGUCGGUUUCUGCCAAGUCGUUAUGGUCAAGAGUUUAUUCGAUACCGAAUCCAAGGCGCACAAAUUCUUGACCAAGAUGUAGGAAAUCUUUCGCUUGCAGUUGCAGUUCUUCCCCUCUCCAUCUCUCUUCUCGGAUCAGAAUGAUCCCUACGUGAGGUUAGUCAUUUUAUUCUCUGUUCCUUUUUACUAUAUUUCAUCACUACGUAAUUUACCGAUUGGGUAGAGUUAGAUCUUGAUACGCGCUCUAGAUUGAAAGAGCAGUCUUAUGAAUACCAAAGCAACGUCUAGAAUGAUUGAAUCGCCCUAAAUAUAUCUUAUUCGUUUUUAGAAA